UGGUAAAGGCUAGUGUAUCAACCACCAUAUCCAGUGCUGAGGUUAAACCCACAACGGGACCGUCCACCCGAUUGGCUAGCCAGAAAUCCAAACGACGUAUCAAAACAGAGCUCAUGCUUGACUCUGUGUGUGACAAGAGAGAGCAUCGACGACGGGAAAAGCUGGAGUAUAUUGCUCAUAUAAACAAGCUACAUUGUGAACGCAAGCCUGUGUAUGGACAGGACCUGCGCUGUACUGUGAAUGUGAUGAGUGACACGGACAAAACAUGCGUGUGUGAUAACACGUGGGCCGCCCUCGGGCAUGUGCAUUGUACAAACAUUCACUCUUGGAGCAAUCCUUACCGCCCAGAGGUCUUCUGGAAACAAACCAAAGUGCUUUCAAAUCUGGUCCAUACUCCCUUGCAAUACCUACAUGAACUAGAAGACAUUUUAUCUAGAUAUGUGUUUGUUACUCCACCUGUUGUAUCACCGUGCAUCAAAAUGCAUGUGUCUCACCCUCCUCCCUCUAGCGCAAUGAAAGAGCGAUGGCGGGACUUUUUCCUCCAUAAAGACGUGUCGCCAAAGGCGAGCUGUCUACACAAAAUUUCUAGCAACAGGAUGGUGCAGUUUCCUGAGCUUCGACUUAUACAGUAUGACUGUGGUAAACUUCAAACUCUGGAUCUUUUAUUGCGGCGGUUGAAGUCUGGGGAUCAUCGUAUCCUAAUCUUUACACAGAUGACAAAGAUGCUGAACAUUCUAGAGUCGUUCCUUAGUUACCAUGGUCACCGCUACCUCAGGCUAGAUGGAACAACACGUGUCGAGCAGCGACAAUUCCUCAUGGACCGAUUCAAUGCUGACAAACGUAUUUUCUGUUUCAUCUUGUCUACACGUUCAGGUGGAAUUGGAGUGAAUCUGACAGGCGCUGACACUGUGAUAUUUUAUGACAGCGACUGGAAUCCAACCAUGGAUGCCCAGGCUCAGGACCGAUGUCACCGCAUUGGACAAACUCGCGAUGUCCACAUCUAUAGGUCAGUGUUAAAAAUUUCAAGAAUGCAGGCUAAGGUGUUUUAAAGUAUUUUAUAAAUUUAGAAAUGGUAAGCUCUUGCCACUUAGAAUUCAAACGAUGAUUUUGUGACUUUUAGUAUCUUUUUUCAAAACUGGCCGCUGGUCUUGUGAGAUUGGUGAUUCCAAAUUUGCAUCGACUGAUUCAGUGCAGCAAAAAAAAAAGUGGAAUACUUUUGUUUCUUAUUCUUAGUAGUUUGUACUAUCCUUUAGGAAAAAAAUUAGGAGUGAAAACAUGCCUUUUUGCUUUCUGUUUCUUGCCUGCACAUAUAUGAUUAAGUGUGGUCUUGGAUAUGAAAUUUGUUACAGGUUUUAGCUCUGUUGAUUACACUGGACUCGCUUGCCUACUGCACCCGUAACUUGACUCACUUUUUGACAUCAGGUGUUGGGCUAGUAAUUUGUACAUCUUUCAAAAAUUGCUAAUUUCAGCUGUUGUAAUAAGGAGAAUUGUAGUUUCGCUACACAGAAAAUUUCUUGGUUGUGAAAGAAAAGUGUUGUGGAAGAAAAGUGAUCUUUUUAUUAAAUUUUUUUUUAAACAA